AAAAUCUAACCUUCAGAAAUAAAUUAUUUCUUCAAUAUUAAUUACAAAAUUGUAACUGUAUUUCGUAAUAAUUAUUGAGUCUAUUCUACUACUCAUCAUAUGAAAUUUAUGAAUGCAUAAAAUACAAUGUAUACUGUCCAUAUGAAAUUAUGAACAUAUUAAAUGAAUUGCACAACGUUAUCUUUUUAACUUCAGAGUUGGUAAUAUCUUUUUGUAUUCCCAGCUAAUCCUUAAAUUCUUAAUUUCAUACCUUGAAGGACAAGGUUUUGAGCCUCCGAUAGAGUGCUAAUAGGCUUAUUUUUCCCAUUUGUGGAUAGUCAUAGAUCUAUCACCGAAAACUCUAGACAUUCAUGUUCAGCAUGAUGCAUCCAUAGCUAUAGAAGAUCUCACAGUCACUGGCAUCUAGAAUCAUUUCUCCAGAAAGCACAACAUGAAGAAGCUAAUUAAAUUAAGCGGGAUUGGAUUUAUAGCCCAUGUGAAGACUUGUAGCACUAGAGGAAAAUGAAAUGCAACUCAUCCGAAUAAGCAAUAUAUUGGCAUAGGCCAUAGACAGAGAUGAUGAGAGAGUAUCAUUGUGUUUGUGGAUUAACUGUAUUUUUUAGAUAAUUCGUCCAUUAUCCUUCCUCCUAUAGAUAUACUCCUCCAGUAUUGUCUUUGGUUGUCUUUUUUUCAGUUUUUUCUUUGGUUCAUAUGGUUGAAAAAAGACCAUGUGCUCUACAAAUAAAUAGAUAAUUUCAAAACUAAACGUGUGCUCGUAAUUCUCUAUAUCUUUUCACUUGCUAGCUCCUUUUAGCCUCCUCCAUAUGUUCAAGUAUGUAUUUGUCUUUAAAUUAAAGUACUGUAUAUUUCACUAAAGUAGCAUCAAGUUUGCAAGAUUUUUUUAACUUCGAAUUACGAGUUGUUACUUUUUUUGUAUGUUUUGAAUUUUAUUACGAAUUUUUACUUUUUUGUAUGUUUUGAAUUUUAUUUAUAGCACAAAGAAAGCUCAAAAAUAUAUGUACCAUUUUAAAUUAUCAUUUGCAAUGCAAAAUUUGUAGUAUUACGUAUUUUAGGAUAAACGUGCAACACACGUUCUCAGAGACUAGUUAGUAGAAACGUUUAAACCAUGUCUCAUUUUGAAGCUUUGUUUAAUCCGCUGAUAACACAUUGGAACAUAUACUACAAUAUUGUCUCUACAUUUACUUAUUCUAAGGCUAUCUUCUCUUUCCAAGUCUUGCCUAAUAUUUUCAUAGCUGCUUGUAUUCUAUGUUUGUAUGCUUUAUGUUUCCAAUAAUGAUCCAUACUACUAAGUACUAAGAAGUUUGUCAUCCAUCUUAUCCAAAAAAUCAAGUUAGUUAACUGUUACUCUUAUAUGUGCAGGGUCAUGCUGGACCUAUAUUUGGUGUUGUUUCUGCUGAAAUGAUAGAAAUGGACGUAAUAUAUCCUAAGCUUUGUUCCACAUUAGAAUUGCCAUUUAAUGAAAAGAGCGCAAAGUUAAAAGCUACUGAGGAGGGAUAUUUUUUCUAUACAUCGGACAUCAUUAAAUAUUAUGAAAUGAUCUCAAGAACUCUGUUGGUGAAACUGAUAAUUGGCGGAUGAUUGGACCAAAAGAUCGCUAGCGAUGAUGACUAAAAGAUGCUCUGUAAUGCUCUGUAAGUGAUCUCUAGGCUGUAUAUCCAGUUUCUGAUUUCCAUUUUUUAUUUUUACAUGUCACAAAACUAAGAUAAUUGAGAUAUUCUUGAGAUGGAAUUAGAGUAUAACUCUACAUAUCCGACUUUUAGGUUCUGGCAUUUGCUCGUUAAGCAAUAAAAACAAGGAGUAUUCUGCUGGCUUGAUAAUUAUGGACGACAUAUCACUCUUUAUGACAGUGUCCAUUUGUUUCUUUGUCAAAUUUAUUCUCUGUCAAAUUUGAAAGCUCUCUGCAAUUCUCCAUACCUGAAAAUUGCUACCUUUAACUCUAUUUAAAAUUGUAUGAAGUUCAAGGUUGUGAUAAGAUUACAAAAUUAGAACGUUAAGCUGGAAAGCUCUCUAGGCGCACGUUAAGCCGAGGUAGGCUAACUUGCACCACGAUGGCUAAACGGCGGAAACAAGGUCCCUACGACAACCACUACGACAACAGUGGUAACACCGGCAAGCGGAAUCCUGCAACCACUUGCUUCAUUGACUUUUGGAAGCUUGUUACCCUCUCAAUUUCAAUGCAUAGAGGAGGAACAGGACUACGCUACCCGGCAGAUUUGACAAACCUAGAUGAUGGAAAAAGACCAGAUACUACAACGACGACUGUUCCACGGAGGCUACAGGUACGACAGUACCGGUGACGAAGAACCCUUCCUCCCCCAAAAAGGAAGAGGAAUCUCCACCACCCAACAAUCGUAGCUCGCAGAUGGGCAAAGCUCUGAAGUAUAUUCCAUUGGGCCAACACAAUGGUACGUUUGUUGUUAAAAUUGAAGAAGAUGAUAUAAAAGAUCAGGAAGAGCUGGUCUACUGCUUUAAUCGGCUAUGUUUUGGGUGAGAUAGAUGGAAUCCUAUGUGUCAAAUGAGUGGAAAUUUGUAUGAAAACCUCAAGUCCUUCCUCACUAUGAAGGCUAUUUCAUAUUUAGAUUUAGCUCCGUUGCUGAGAGGGAUUUAGUUCUAGAGUCAGGACCAUACACAUUUCACAACAAGCCGUUCAUACUGAAACACUGGAAAGGGAUUUUGAUUCUGAUCCUGAAUCCAUCUGUAAAAUUCCCCUAUGGGUUAAAUUCCCAGGUCUCCCUGUCGGUUAUUGGUCUACUGAAGCUCUUAGCAAAGUUGCUAGUGUGAUUGGUGAGCCAUUAUACACAGACAAAUUCACAGAUGAGUUUGAUAAGAUCUCGUAUGCAAGGGUCUUGAUUGAAACUAACAUAUCCAAACCAUUGCCUAGUACCAUUGAAAUGGAAACUCCAGCAGGAGUGUAUCACCAAUCUGUCUCAUAUGAUUGGACACCAACUUUUUGCAACCAUUGUGUUAAGUUUGGUUAUGAAUCUGAGAAAUGCUUGAGACAGGAGAUGCAGACUCAAGCUGAGAAUGAGUUCAAGGUACCUCAAAAGAGAAGAAGGAGAAGGAGGAAUCACAAACAGUCCCAGGAAUGGAAACCAAGAUCAGAUGAGGGGAACCUUGCACAACCAAAUGAAGUUGAACCUGGUAUAGUGACCUCUUCUGAGAGUGGGAAGGAUGUAGCCCAACCUGGUAUAGUGACCUCUACUGAGAGUGGGAAGGAAGUAGCCCAACCUGGUAUAGUGAUCUCUACUGAGAGUGGGAAGGAAGUAGCCCAACCUUUUUCCUCUAAAAUGGUAACAAAGAGCACAGAUCAGCUAGCUGCAACUGCACACCAUGGUACUGAUAGAAAUCAAGGAAAGGAACCUGCUAUGCAACAAAAUGUGACAACUGGGAACCCCUUUGGAGUUCUGAAUGACUUGGAAGCUAGCACCUCAACUGUAGCUGGCAUAACUACCCAGUUCAACCCCCAUGAUCAUCAGUACUUGGAAUAUAAGGGGCCUGAAUCAAAGGACUAGUUGGCUACUCACAAUCAGCCUUCAUAAAAGGCAGAAGUAUUAUUGAUAAUGUAUUAUUUAGUCAUGAGUUGUUCAAGGGGUAUACAAGAAAGGGCAUGUCAGCCAGGUAUGUACUUCAAGUGGAUCUGAGGAAGGCUUAUGAUACCAUGGAUUGGUUUUUUCUGAGGACAAUGCUGAUAGACCUUGGCUUCCCACAGAAAUUUGUAGGUUGGGUAAUGGAGUGUGUUGAAGCUUGUCUCCUACUCCUUAGUAAUAAAUGGUGGUCUGGCAUCACCUUUUCAAGCUAAGAGGGGUAUCAGACAAGGGGACCCCAUGUCCCCUUAUCUGUUUGUUCUUGAUAUAGAAUACCUUCAGAGAGAGAUGAUGCAAUUAGCAAGGAAUCUAGGAUCCAGCUUCCAUCCAAGAUGCAAGAGAUUAGGAGUCAUCCACAUUUGUUUUGUUGAUGAUUUACUCAUGUUUUGCAGGGCUGACAUGAAAUCAGUGACAUUGUUACAAGAAACUUUCCAACUAUUCUCAAAUGUUUCUGGCCUGAAAGUAAACUUGGACAAAAGCUCACUCUAUAUCAUUGGUGUCUCUGCACAGCUCAAAGAUGAUAUACUGCAAACACUUGGUUAUGUGGAAGGAACACUGCCCUUCAGGUACUUAGGGGGUACCAUUAUCAGCAAAAAAACUUUCUGUGAGUGAGUGGUUGCCGUUAGUAGAAAAGAUCACCUCAAGAAUUAAGUGGUAGUCAUCAAGAAUGUUGUCCUAUGCUGGAAAAUUUCAGCUCAUCAAAGCAGUAUUAUUUGGGAUUCAGACUUACUGGGCUCAGAUGUUCUUAUUGCCCAAGAAAAUCAUGAAGCUCAUUGAUGCUGUAUGCAGAUCCUUUCUAUGGACAGGCAUGAGGCAAAUUUAACAAAAAAAAAAAAAAAAAAAGCAUUAGUCUCCUGGGAAAGACUAUGCCAACCAUAUGCGCAGGAGGACUUAAUGUUGUGAAUCUAGGACUGUGGAAUAAAGCUGCUAUCAUGAAACAACUCUGGGCAAUAUCUAAAAAGAAAGACUCUCUAUGGAUAAAAUGGGUGCACUACUAUUACAUUAAGAAUAUGAGCUUGGAGACUAUGGACACACCUAAGACAGCAACUUGGGUGGUUAGAAAAAUCAUUGAAAGCAGGACAAGAAUAGCACAGAUGCAGACUAUCCAAGGUGAUCUAACUCACAAACUCCAGCAGAUGCAGAAGCAUGAUAAGUUCGAUAUCAAGACUGCCUAUUGCCUCAUGAUACCACAACUACAAAAAGUCACCUGGAAAAGUAUAGUUUUGCACAAACACAUCCAUUUAAGAUUUCAAUUCAACCUAUGGCUAGCAGUUCAACAGAGACUCUCUACUGUGGAUAGGUUGCUAAAAAUAGGUAUGUAAGUGCCUAUGGAGUGUGUUUUCUGUGACGGAGGUGUAGAAACCUUCAAACACUUGUUUUUUGACUGCUCAGUUAUCAGGAGCCUCUGGAAUAGAUUAUUGAUAUGGCUUGGGCACCAAAGAAACAUAAGGACAUGGGAUGAGGAAUUACAAUGGAUUUGUAGAUUGGCAAGGAAAAGAUCUGGAGCUGCAUCCAUCACCUGUAGUGUUUUUGGCAUGAUGAUCUACUGUGCUUGGCAGGAAAGGAACUCCAUCAGAUUCCAAAGAGGCCAAUGCAAUGCUACAAGAGUAUGUAGAGAGAUAGCUUUGCACAUGCACAUUAGAGGGAGGCAUUUGGCUACAUGGCAACCAGCUUUGCAAAACCUUAACUGCUUUCCUUAGAAUACUAGUUGAUGGAUAGAUUGAAUCGUAUGGCUACAGG